ACAAUAUUUGAUUAGGAAUUUGGGGGCGGGACCCUGGCCUGGCACAGACCCGCACACUCUCAGUAGACAUUCUGUCUUCUCCCUCUCUCUCUCUCACACGUUCUCCAACCCAAGGAGGCCAGACAGAGGGACGUGGUCACUCUCUGCAAGGUUCAACUGGAGAGAGACGAAAUGCAGUGGGCCUCCCUCCUGCUGCUGGCAGGGCUCUGCUCCCUCUCCCGGGCCCAGUACGACGAAGACCCCCACUGGUGGUUCCACUACCUCCGCAGCCAGCAGUCCACCUACUACGAUCCCUAUGACCCUUACCCUUACGAGCCCUAUGAGCCCUACCCCUAUGGGGUGGAGGAAGGUCCAGCCUAUGCCUACGGCUCUCCACCCCCUCCAGAGCCCCGCGACUGCCCCCAGGAGUGCGACUGCCCCCCCAACUUCCCCACAGCCAUGUACUGUGACAACCGCAACCUCAAGUACCUGCCGUUCGUCCCGUCCCGCAUGAAGUACGUCUACUUCCAGAACAACCAGAUCUCGUCCAUCCAGGAAGGUGUCUUCGACAACGCCACGGGGCUGCUCUGGAUUGCUCUCCAUGGCAACCAGAUCACCAGCGAUAAGGUGGGCAGGAAGAUCUUCUCCAAGCUGCGGCACCUGGAGAGGCUGUACCUGGACCACAACAAUCUGACCCGGAUGCCCGGCCCGCUGCCACGAUCCCUGAGGGAGCUGCAUCUCGACCACAACCAGAUCUCCAGGGUCCCCAACAACGCUCUGGAGGGGCUGGAGAACCUCACGGCCUUGUACCUCCAGCACAACGAGAUCCAGGAAGUGGGCAGUGCGAUGAGGGGCCUCCGGUCACUGAUCUUGCUGGACCUGAGUUACAACCACCUGCGGAAGGUGCCCGAUGGACUGCCCUCAGCCCUCGAGCAACUGUACCUGGAGCACAACAACGUCUAUUCCGUCCCUGACAGCUACUUCCGGGGGUCACCCAAGCUGCUCUAUGUGCGGCUGUCCCAUAACAGUCUCACCAACAAUGGCCUGGCCUCGAACACCUUCAAUUCCAGCAGCCUCCUUGAGCUUGACCUCUCCUACAACCAGCUGCAGAAGAUCCCCCCGGUCAACACCAACCUGGAGAAUCUCUACCUCCAAGGCAAUAGGAUCAAUGAGUUCUCCAUCAGCAGCUUCUGCACCGUGGUGGACGUCAUGAACUUCUCCAAGCUGCAGGUGCUUCGCCUGGACGGAAACGAGAUCAAGCGCAGCGCGAUGCCCGUGGACGCGCCCCUCUGCCUGCGCCUUGCCAGCCUCAUCGAGAUCUGAGUGGCCCUUGCACGGGGCACGGGGCCGAAGCCCCCCGCGCCCCACUGCAUUUGGCUUGAUGGUUUGGUUUGGCUUUUGCUGGAAGGUCUGGGACAGACCAUGUGACAGAACUCCAUGGGCUCCCUCUGUAGUCUUCUUCCCUGUAGGCAGGGUCAGGUGGGAUCAGGGGACAGGCAGCCUUUUACUGAGGGACACGGCCGCAGCUCUCUUUUCCAGGACAGAUGUGGUGGCAGAGGAAGUAAUCCGUGGAAGUCCCAACCCCAGAAACCUCACUAUUCUAAGUUCUUCCCAAUGAUCUGGUGUCAUGAACUCUAAAAGUCACUCGGGCAAUGGCACAGAGCGUGCUUUCCCCACAAUCCCUGGCUCUCUCUGUGAGCAACGCUUGACCACUCUCCUGCAUGCCAGGCUGACGGUGUGGUUACUCCGGGCUCCCACUCAGUGCUCCUCGGAAUAUACCUCUUUGCCCAACUGCCUCCUCCCUUGUCCUCCUCAUCCACUCAGCCUUGCUCCAAAGACACCUGUUCUGUGCCUUAGGCAGAGGCAUGCGAGCCCAAGGUGUGCGGGCAUCUGCCUGGUGGCCUAUGCAGAGAAUUCACACUAGUGUCUGGAGGUGGCAGGAAACUGGGAGUCACCUCUACACCGUCCCUAACUCCGCUCCUUGAAAGCCACCAGAUUGGAGGUCACCAGCAUGAUGACAACAUUCAGGGACUGAUGCGGGAGGAGACAAGCAACCUUAGGCUUUGAUAAAUGGGUGGGGCUAUAUUUUAGCAGCGGGGCAGUUCUUUGAAGGUGGAUCAGACUUCCGAACAGGAAAGGACAGCCUUUGCUUACAUCGGCAUCCAUAAUGGGGGCAAACGUCCCGAAUCGGCCGAACUAAGGAAGCAGCCCCCUGGGGUUUCGCCCUUGCCCAGAACCCUCUAUAUUCCCAGCAGCUCCCAACUUGGGUCUUCGUCCUCAAAGGCAUAUGGUUCUCAAGGCACGAGAAAGGUAGUUUCUCCCUCUCUUGUCCAGGCAGAAAGGUCUACACCCUGAUGGGAGAAACAGAGUCCAGGCAGCCCUGAACUUGCCUGGCUAGCCCACAGGUGGAGGCUGUGGUUCAGCUGUACGCAUUGAUUUGUCCUGAGACCACAGCUCGUAGUGGAAGCUCCGGCUGGAGAUGCUCGUUGGGUCUGUGAAGCCCGGGCCAGGCAGCCAAAUCUGGCUUGUGCUGAGGAUGAAACCCUCUGCUGUCACAUCUCUGAGCUACACCCUCAUUCCUGAAGAUGGCUGUUGCUUUAUAGCUUGGCUGGAGAGCAAUUCAUUCUCCCCAUGUCUGAAAGGUGAUGUUGCCUGGGGCCGAACCGGCCUGUUCCUUUGGGCGCCAUUGGGAUGGAGUGGCCGGGGGCAGGGGCUGGCCUGAGAAGAGCUAGUCCUCGCCUGGCCCCUGUCCAGAUGCCAUUACAUCCCUGAUACUGUGUGUGCUUUGAAGCAGCUUCCCUGAGAAGUGAAGGGGAGGAGCCCUGGAUUCUGUUCUUGGCUCCAGACUCCAAAAUCCACAAAAGCCAAACCAGCUCAUUUCAACAAAGGAGCUCUGAUGUGAGGGGGCAAGGCUGCCCCUGCCCCCAGGCCCUUCAGAAAGCGUCUGCAUGUGAACACCAUCAUGCCUCUAUAAAGGAUCCUUAUUACAGGAAACGCAUGAGUGGUGGUUAACCUGACCAAUAAAGUUAUUUUAUGAUUGCA